CGGUCCCCCGAGUUUGAAGAAGUGAAUUCAUGAGGAAACAGUUGUUGAGUCCAUUGAAAAAUGGGACUGUCGUGUACGAACUGCUUAUUUCUAGAAGCCUUCAAAACCUGAGGCAUCACAGAUGUAAAGAGCGUUAUUAAUCGAGAAUAUCACCAUUUAAAAUAUAACAUCAACUUGUGAUUAGGAAUGAGUUCGAUAUUGAAUGAUGAUUGGCAGUAUUGAUGAGUGAAAUAAUGUGGUUGUUGGAUUGAUUGGAGAGUGUUGGAGCAUGACAAUUUGACGUUUUCAUCAAAGGGCUGAGAUUAAAGGGAAUAGGCCACAAGGUGUGGAGUUGCGUGAAUACUUGAAGAGUGAGAGGGGAAACAGGAAAUUCUGAAAGCAGUUAACCGUGCGCGAGGCUUCUUGCUGCUGUUUAGUGCUGCUUGGUUGUUGCUUGGUUGCUGCAGAGCCACUAGAGACACCCAAAAAGAGUAGUUGAGUUUGCGCGUAAGAUACAUACAUGUUACACGACAGUCCGAUGAGAAGUCCGCUAAUGGGAGCAUAGGCAGGAGCAAUAAAAAAAAAGCCACGGAAAUCCACCCAAGGAAAUAGGAUAAUCGUGAGGACGCGGGUGAUAUCAGAUUGAUGUACUGAUUUCAUUCAUCCAAGUAAAUACGUGACGCGUUAGUGCCUGUUUCACCGUUGUCAAACUCAAAUCUCCGACGAACUUUGAGAUAAUAUUAAAAUCCAAUAGUGUAAUUACAAUCAUGGCUCGACAAGGAGUACAUUUAAAACUCAAUGAAUUAAUGCCAGAGUGAGGAGAGCGUGGAAAAAGUGGGAUUGUUCAAGAGCACUGAAAACAUCAUCUAUCCAUCGCCAUUUAUUAGUGGCGGAGGGGCUGCAUCUGAGGAAAAGCGGUUGCCCGGAGUUCCAUUUUUUUUUUUGUUCUUCCUUUUCAGUUAUAAUUUCUGAACGUGAGUACCCAGUGUCUCAUCCAGUGGCAGUUACGACACAUGAGUUAUGGUCUCCAAGGUAGAUGUGAAUAACAUGGACAGCACGAGACUCAAUCGGGGUGCGAAUCCAAGGGACAUUAUGGGAGAUAAAUUAACAUCGAGUGGGUGCAAUGCAACGGAUUUUGAGUUUGGUAUACCACCUGAGGCGCCUGUUUUUGAACCAACACCCGAGGAGUUUCUCGAUCCUCUUGGAUACAUUGCUAAAAUACGACCAAUUGCUGAGAAAUCUGGCAUAUGCAAGAUCAAACCACCUCCCAAUUGGCAACCACCAUUUGCCGUUGAUGUUGACAAAUUCAAAUUCACACCGAGGAUACAGAGAUUGAACGAGCUGGAGGCGAAAACCAGAAUAAAACUCAAUUUUUUAGAUCAAAUUGCUAAAUUUUGGGAAUUGCAGGGGUCGUCACUCAAAAUCCCUUUGGUGGAGAGAAAAGCUCUCGACCUGUAUUCGCUACACAAAAUUAUCACUGACGAAGGUGGGAUCGAAACGGUGACGAGAGAGCGAAGAUGGGCGAAAAUAGCAAAUAAAUUGGGUUACCCCUCAGGCAGGAGUGUGGGUAGUAUUUUGAAAAAUCAUUACGAGAGGAUCCUGUACCCCUUUGAUGUAUUCAAACAAGGUAAAACCCUGGGGGAUAUAAAGAUUGAACCCGAGACAGAGGUGCACGAGAAGAAGGAUCGUGAUUACAAACCGCACGGAAUUAUAUCGAGACAGCAGAUAAAACCGCCUCCUGCUAAAUUUUCAAGACGAUCAAAGCGUUUCAAUGGUCAAGACGACAAGCUCGAUGUCUCCAUAAAGCAAGAGGACUGCAAGGAGGAAUGCGAUUCGGAUAAUGAAUUCAAGGAUGAUCCUGAUGGUGACAGCAAAGAGCUGAAGAAACUCCAGUUCUAUGGAGCUGGACCGAAGAUGGCAGGCUUCACCAAAGAGAACAAAAAAUCGAACAAGACUCGUGGGCUCAAGCAGAACUAUGACUUUGAUCCCCUGGCUAAGUACAUCUGCCACAAUUGUGGUCGAGGGGAUAUGGAGGAGAGUAUGUUACUCUGCGACGGUUGUGAUGACAGCUAUCACACAUUUUGCUUACUGCCUCCGUUGACAGAAAUUCCAAAAGGGGACUGGCGAUGUCCGAAGUGUGUUGCUGAAGAGGUAUCAAAACCCAUGGAGGCAUUUGGCUUUGAACAAGCGCAGAGGGAGUACACACUCCAGCAGUUUGGCGAAAUGGCUGAUCAAUUCAAAAGCGAUUACUUCAAUAUGCCAGUUCACAUGGUGCCAACUUCCCUUGUUGAGAAAGAAUUUUGGAGAAUUGUUUCUUCCAUAGAUGAAGAUGUUACUGUGGAGUAUGGAGCUGAUCUACACACGAUGGAUCAUGGCUCAGGCUUUCCCACCAAGACCAGUGUCAAUUUGUUUACGUGCGAUCAGGAAUACGCUGAGUCUGCCUGGAAUCUUAAUAAUCUACCAGUACUUCAGAGCAGUGUUCUGGGGCACAUAAAUGCGGAUAUAAGUGGCAUGAAGGUUCCUUGGAUGUACGUUGGCAUGUGCUUCGCCACUUUUUGCUGGCACAAUGAGGAUCACUGGAGUUAUUCCAUUAAUUACCUGCACUGGGGCGAGCCAAAAACCUGGUACGGUGUACCUGGCUCUGAGGCUGAGAGAUUUGAGCAUUCCAUGAAAUCCGCUGCACCAGAAUUAUUUCACAGUCAACCAGACUUGCUUCAUCAACUUGUCACCAUUAUGAACCCAACUAUUCUGACUAAUGCAGAUGUACCAGUCUUCAGAACAGAUCAGCAUGCCGGGGAAUUUGUUGUGACUUUCCCACGAGCAUAUCACGCAGGAUUCAAUCAAGGCUACAAUUUUGCCGAAGCUGUUAAUUUUGCCCCCGCUGAUUGGUUAAAAAUUGGCAGAGAGUGUAUCGCCCACUACUCAAACCUCCGACGUUUUUGUGUAUUCUCCCACGAUGAAUUGGUCUGCAAAAUGUCGUUGGAUCCCGAUUCCCUGGACAUCGGUAUAGCAACAGCGACUUACCAAGACAUGCUGCAAAUGGUAGAGGACGAGAAAAAGCUGAGAAAAAAUUUACUCGAGUGGGGUGUCACUGAAGCAGAGAGAGAAGCAUUUGAACUGCUACCAGAUGAUGAGAGACAGUGUGAGGCAUGCAAGACUACAUGUUUCCUUAGUGCCGUGACCUGUUCGUGUCACAGUUCUCAAUUGGUAUGCCUCAGACAUUUCACUGAUCUUUGCUCUUGUCUACCGGAAAAACACACUCUUCGUUAUCGAUAUACCUUGGAUGAAUUGCCGAUAAUGCUGCAAAAAUUGAAACUCAAAGCUGAGUCCUUCGACUCGUGGGUGACUAAAGUUAAGGAAGCGAUGGAUCCAAAGGGUGAAAAAAUUGAAUUGAGUGAGUUGAAGGAGUUGCUGAGUGAGGCUGAGAGCAAAAAAUUUCCAGAGAGUGAAUUAUUAACUGCUCUCACCACUGCUGUACAGGAUGCUGAGAAAUGUGCUAGUGUUGCACAACAAUUGUUGAAUAACAAACAGCGGACGAGAACAAGACAGUCGGUGGAUACAAAAUACAAGCUGACUGUUGAGGAGUUGACAUUGUUUUACAAAGAAAUAACGAAUUUAUGUUGUGAGUUGAAGGAGUCUGAUGGGGUUAAGUAUAUUCUCGAUCAAGUUGUGCAGUUUCAGAAGGAUGCUGAAGACUUGGAGUCGAAGUUUGACGACUGUGAUGUUAUGAAGCUGGAGAAAUGCAUUGAUUUUGGGGAUUCAAUUUGCAUUGAGUUGCCACAGUUAGUUAGACUCAAGCAGAAAUUGAGACAGAUACAGUGGUUGGAUGAGGUAAAAUCAAUGCUGGAUGAUUCAAAAUCUGUGACACGUGAGGAUCUUGCCAAAUUAAUUGAGACUGGCAUGACAAUUCCCCCUCACUUUAGCAUCGAAACGAUGCUAUCGAAAUUACAACAGCUCGUUAUUAACAUUGAAAAAUGGGAGGAGAAAGCUAAGGGGUAUCUGCAGUCCAAGAGUCGUCAGAAUAUCGUCAUGAUUGAGGAGUUCAUACAGGAGGCUGAUAACAUCGAUGCGUACUUACCGAGUCUCGACAGCUUACAGGAUAUACUCACUAAAACAAAGAACUGGACGAAGACUGUUAAAGAAGUCUCGGAGAGAGACAGUUUUCCAUAUUACGACACACUGGAGGAGCUUGUUAAGAAAGGUAGAAAUAUCCCAUUGCAUCUCGAUGCUCUCCCAGGGCUCGAGUCCACUCUGUCACAGGCUAAAACUUGGAAGGAGAGAACAGCGAGAACUUUUCUCAGAAAGAAUUCACACUAUACUUUAAUGGAGGCACUCUCACCGAGGAUUGGAGUUGGUGUUCAAGCACUCAAAACAAAGAAAAACAAGGGUGACGAGGCUGUUGGUGCGGUCUUCGUGUGUGACACGAAAUUGGACGAUUCGAGUGACUCUGCCAAUGUUGUUGCCGCAUUCAAAUUAGCUGAACAACGAGAGAUGGAGACCAUGCGUAACUUACGGGAGAGAAAUAUGUCCAAGGCUACGUAUGAGGACUCCAGGUAUUGCGUUUGCAGGCGACCAAGAUUUGGAUUGAUGUUGCAGUGUGAACUGUGCAAGGACUGGUUCCACUCAAAUUGCGUGCCACUUCCAAAAACAAUGUACAAAGCAAAAGUUGCAACAACGAGGGAGACUAAAUUUCUCUGUCCCUGUUGUUUAAGAUCUCGACGGCCAAGAUUGGAGACCAUUCUUUCGCUCCUAGUUAGUUUACAAAAAAUUCAAAUUCGUUUGCCCGAGGGUGAGGCCCUUCAAUGCCUAACUGAGAGAGCUAUGAACUGGCAGGAUCGAGCCAGACAGGCACUUGCGAUUGAAGAAAUAUCGUCUGUCUUAGCUAAACUGUCAGUUCUAUCUCAGAAGCUCGUUGAAGCUGCUGCACGUGAAAAAACAGAGAAAAUAAUAAGUAGUGAAUUGAAGAAAGCAGCGAACAAUCCAGAACUGCAUCAACGGGUGCAAGCUAUAGCACCACUGAGUGGAGUCCAUUCUGAUGAUAGUGCUCUCAGUACAGCCGAUGAUGACGACGAAAUCGUUGCAAUUGAUGGUGACCAGCCCUCGUGCAGUACUUUCAAUACUAAUGAGCAUGCAUACUCGUAUGUAUCAAAAUUCCAACGAAAAUCACUGUCACCUCAAAAUCCUGAGAACUUAGUUACCCUUUCUGAGGGUGCGAGGUCUAAAUUGGAUGAGCUCAUGAUGGAAGGCGAUCUCCUUGAGGUCGCUCUCGAAGAGACACAACACAUCUGGCGCAUUCUCAGUCACACCAAUAGUCCAAGCAGUGUACGCAAGUAUGCUGCCUUCGAAGAGGUCCAAGCAACGUUUAAUAGUGAUUCCAAAGAUCCUAAGAAGCGUGGGAGAAAGAGGAAGUCCGAGGAAUUUGAGUUACUCAAGAAGAUGGGUCGCCAGAAGCCUGUUGAUGACAAGACCAUUAUUAAGAAGAAGGCUUUUAAUAGCAAGGAUACUAAAAAAGUUGUCACUCCACCAGGAACUCUCAAGCGAGGCCCCAGAAAGAUCAAACGAAAAGAGGGUGAAGAGAUACCGAAAAAGCGAGGGGGCAACAGGAAAAAGACCAAACAAGACACUUCUGAUGAAGAAGACGAUUGUGCAGCUGGAAAUUGUUUACGACCAAGUGGUCGUGAAGUUGAUUGGGUACAAUGCGACGGUGGCUGUGACGGCUGGUUUCACAUGCACUGUGUAGGUUUAGAUCGCACCGAACUCACUGAAGAGGACGAUUACAUCUGUAGCAAUUGCAAAGAUGCCGAGCAGAGUGCAACGGGAUAUCUCAGUGGGGACAAUGAACCGGACAUCCAGGAGGUGUCGUCCUUCGCUAGGACCUAUUAGCCUGUCCGCAUCUCUGUUCAGGUCCAGCACAAUUAUCAGUGAAAAUAUUAAGAAUAUUAAUACACUCACAUCCAUUCAGUCAAUAUCCUAGGGUCAUCACAAGUACAUUGAAAAAUUUUUAAGUGAAACUGAAAUUUUGACUUGUGGAAUAAUUUUCAAAACUAAUGCAAUUGUUUGUACCAUUUUUUGGUAUUGAAGGAUAUCUUCUGAUUCCACUUGAGGUGUGUGUAGAUAGACUGAGACAUGUAUUAAAGAAGAAAGAAAUUAUUUAGAUGUAAUGUAUGGAGAAAGAUUGACAAGAGUUUUGUAACGAAAGAAUUUUACACUCAGAUAUUAUUAUUAAAAACAAAAUAUAUAUCAUAUCUACUCUGCCUUCUUCAAGUAAUCUCCGAUAAUUCAUAUAUUGCAGCAGUGGGCAUAAUUAAAUUGGUUCGAGCUUUCUUAUUUCUUGUUAUUCUACAUAAACUUGUGUGCUUAUUCCAACGAGCAGUUGUACAUUGUAUGGCUUUCCUAGGACAACAUCAGCAUCACCAUCAACAUUGGGAAUAUCAAUUAAAGAAAGUGGACAUAGAUCUUUGUAAAUAUGCAGUUAACUCACCAUUUCGAUGUGUUGCAUAUACACAUGUAUUCUAUUUAUUUAUUAGUGAUAAUAUUCGUACGAUUAUGAUUCUUCGAACAGGGCUAUAUAUUUUUGCGUAUUGUAUAGAAAUGACAAGUCUAUGGAUGUACGAAGGGAUUGUGAGGGAGCGUAUUGACUAAUGAGUUUGAAAAAGUUUGUACAAUGAUACAUCGUUAAUCAUCAACUAUGUCUUGUAAUUUUUAAGUGAUGAGCAAUGUUCAAUAUUGAGGAGAGAUCAUUGAGCAUCCCUCAAGAAUAUCCAUAAAUAAAGUACGUAAUUUUGACGUUGAACAUUUAUUACAGUGUAUUUUAAAUAGAAACAUACCCAUUGUACUAAAACAAAUUAUGAGUAAACAUUAUUAUUAUUAUUACGUAAACAACCGUAGGAAAAUAUUUUAAGUUACAAUUAUCCAGGUUAUUUUGAUAUCUUUAAUUUGUAGGAUUUCAGUUAAAUCUUCAUUGCCUAUAUAUAUUUACGCUUCUAUAAUUGGAGGUACUCCUGAAUUAUCAUAAUAGAUAAUCGAAAAAUAUGAUUAUUAAUGUUUCGUAAAUACCACAAAUAGAUUGUUUUAAUAACAGAGAAAUGUAAGAAAUAAUUAUCUCAAAAAAUAUUGUUACUGAACUCUCGCCUUGGAUUUCAGUGAAUUUUUUCACGAAUUUCAUUGAGUGCCAGAUUUUACAUUCCUGUAUGACUCAAGCAUUACAUCCCAAGGAACCAACGCAUUUUAUGACCGAUGACUCAGUUCCGUAGUCUUCCUGUUUAAUCAAUUAAACUCGGGGUUUCUGUAAAAUGAAUCAUCCCUCAAUCCAUUGAUUUUUAUAAUAAUUAAUAAUAAGUAUUAAUAGAUCGUUCAUCCAUCCAGAAGAAAAUCGAGG